AGGGCUGAUCGGGAGGCGGAGCCCCGAGCUGGGGGCUGCUGGCUAGUGGCUCUCUAGGCUCCUUAGCUCGGGCGUCCUGGUUCGCUUCAGUGUCCGCUGUCUCCACCGCUGCUUCUUCUUCCUUCUUCUUCACGGUCGCCACCGCCCGCAGCACCGCAGCCCCUCCUGCCAUGGCCGCCGCCGGCGCCCGGCGCAGCCCGGGCCGCGGCUUGGGGCUUCGGGGGCGGCCGAGGCUCGGCUUCCACCCGGGGCCGCCGCCGCCACCGCCGCCGCCGCUGCUGUUGCUGUUUCUGCUCCUGCUGCCGCCGCCGCCGUUGCUGGCCGGCGCCACGGCCGCCGCCGCCUCGCGGGAGCCCGACAGCCCAUGCCGGCUCAAGACCGUCACCGUAUCCACGCUGCCCGCUCUGCGGGAAAGCGACAUCGGCUGGAGCGGUGCCCGCACCGGGGCCGCGGCCGGGGCUGGGGCCGGGACCGGAGCCGGGGCCGGAGCUGCUGCUGCUGCCGCCUCCGCCGCGUCCCCGGGCUCCGCGGGUUCAGCCGGCACAGCCGCGGAGUCUCGUCUCCUUCUCUUUGUGCGUAAUGAGCUCCCCGGGCGCAUCGCGGUACAAGAUGACCUGGACAACACUGAGCUGCCCUUCUUCACCCUGGAGAUGUCUGGCACAGCAGCGGACAUUUCUUUGGUUCACUGGAGGCAGCAGUGGCUGGAGAAUGGCACAUUGUACUUCCACGUUUCCAUGAGCAGCUCUGGGCAACUGGCUCAGGCCACUGCUCCCACACUCCAGGAGCCCUCGGAGAUCGUUGAGGAACAGAUGCAUAUCCUCCACAUUUCUGUGAUGGGUGGACUCAUUGCACUUCUCCUCCUGCUGUUGGUGUUCACAGUGGCACUGUAUGCCCAGCGACGCUGGCAGAAGCGCCGGCGCAUCCCACAGAAGAGCGCAAGUACAGAAGCUACUCAUGAGAUUCACUACAUCCCAUCAGUGCUGCUGGGUCCUCAGGCCAGGGAAAGCUUCCGAUCCUCCAGACUUCAGACACACAACUCAGUCAUUGGUGUGCCUAUCCGGGAAACCCCCAUCCUGGAUGACUAUGACUAUGAAGAGGAGGAGGAACCACCCAGGCGAGCCAACCACGUCUCCCGUGAGGAUGAGUUUGGUAGCCAGAUGACCCAUGCCCUGGACAGCUUGGGAAGGCCAGGAGAAGAGAAAGUGGAAUUUGAGAAGAAAGCAGCAGCUGAGGCGACACAGGAAACAGUGGAGUCCCUGAUGCAGAAGUUCAAGGAGAGUUUCCGUGCUAACACACCAGUGGAGAUCGGUCAGUUGCAGCCAGCCUCGCGCAGCAGCACCUCUGCAGGGAAGAGGAAGCGGAGGAACAAAUCUCGAGGGGGAAUCAGCUUUGGGAGAACCAAGGGGACAUCAGGCUCAGAAGCAGAUGACGAAACACAGCUGACCUUCUACACAGAGCAGUACCGCAGUCGCCGCCGCAGCAAAGGUUUACUGAAAAGCCCUGUGAAUAAGACAGCCUUAACACUGAUUGCUGUGAGCUCCUGCAUCUUGGCCAUGGUGUGUGGCAACCAGAUGUCCUGUCCACUUACUGUGAAGGUGACUUUGCAUGUGCCUGAACACUUCAUUGCAGAUGGGAGCAGCUUUGUGGUGAGUGAAGGAAGCUACCUGGAUAUCUCCGAUUGGCUAAACCCUGCCAAGCUGUCUCUGUAUUACCAGAUCAAUGCCACCUCGCCAUGGGUGAGAGACCUCUGUGGACAGAGGACGACAGAUGCCUGUGAACAGCUCUGUGACCCAGAUACUGGGGAGUGCAGUUGUCAUGAAGGUUACGCCCCUGACCCAGUCCACAGACAUCUAUGUGUUCGCAGUGACUGGGGUCAAAGUGAAGGACCUUGGCCUUACACAACACUGGAGAGGGGCUAUGAUCUGGUGACAGGAGAGCAAGCCCCUGAAAAGAUUCUCAGGUCUACUUUCAGCUUGGGCCAAGGCCUCUGGCUUCCGGUCAGCAAAAGCUUUGUGGUGCCACCGGUGGAGCUGUCCAUCAACCCCCUGGCCAGCUGCAAGACGGAUGUGCUCGUCACAGAAGACCCUGCGGAUGUCAGGGAAGAAGCAAUGUUGUCCACGUACUUUGAAACCAUCAACGACCUGCUGUCCUCCUUUGGUCCAGUCCGUGACUGCUCAAGGAACAACGGGGGCUGUACCCGUAACUUCAAGUGUGUGUCUGACCGCCAGGUGGACUCCUCGGGAUGUGUGUGUCCUGAGGAACUGAAGCCCAUGAAGGAUGGCUCUGGCUGCUAUGAUCACUCCAAGGGCAUCGACUGCUCUGAUGGCUUUAAUGGAGGGUGUGAGCAGCUUUGCCUACAACAAACACUGCCUUUGCCCUAUGAUACCACCUCCAGCACCAUCUUCAUGUUCUGCGGCUGUGUGGAAGAGUACAAGCUGGCUCCUGAUGGGAAAUCCUGUCUAAUGCUCUCAGAUGUCUGUGAGGGCCCCAAGUGCCUCAAACCUGACUCCAAAUUCAAUGACACCCUCUUUGGAGAGAUGCUACAUGGUUACAACAACCGGACACAACAUGUAAACCAAGGCCAAGUCUUCCAAAUGACAUUCAGGGAGAAUAACUUCAUCAAGGACUUUCCACAGCUGGCAGAUGGGCUGUUGGUGAUCCCGCUGCCAGUGGAAGAGCAAUGCCGGGGGGUUCUCUCUGAGCCCCUUCCAGACCUUCAGCUUCUCACAGGAGACAUCAGGUAUGAUGAGGCCAUGGGGUACCCCAUGGUGCAACAGUGGCGUGUCCGGAGCAAUCUCUAUCGUGUGAAGCUGAGUACUAUCACCCUCUCAGCAGGCUUCACCAAUGUCCUAAAGAUCCUGACCAAAGAGAGCAGUCGGGAUGAGCUGCUGUCCUUCAUCCAGCACUAUGGCUCCCACUACAUUGCCGAGGCUUUAUACGGUUCUGAGCUCACCUGCAUCAUCCAUUUUCCCAGCAAGAAGGUCCAGCAGCAGCUAUGGCUCCAAUAUCAGAAAGGUGUAAAGGCCCAAGGCUGACAUGAGGAGUUCUCUUUGACCAUUUCCACCAUCAAGGCAGCAUCUCUCAUUUGAACCCAACUUCACGUAUCCAACUAAUCUAAUUAGCCAACGUACUAGGGCAACUUCUGUAUUCCACCCUCUGAGUGCUGAAUUGUAAGUAGCCUGCUCUGUCUGCCUAGCAGUUAUAUGGGUGGUAGGGCUCCAGAUCCUGGUCCUCGUGCUUGCUAACUGUACAGCAAGUACUUUAACCACUGAGAAAUCUCCUAGCAGCACACAAUGAUAGAUCAGUCUACUUGAGAAAUGGAGUCUCACAGUUGAGAAAUCGAGUCUCAGACAUGGUGAGUGCAGUGCCCAUAGAGACACAGCUGAUGAAUAGCAGAGCCAAUGUUGGAACUCACAGUUGGAACUGUCUACCUACAAAAGCCCUUUCCUUUCCUUUCCUUUCCUUUCCUUUCCUUUCCUUUCCCUUCCCUUCCCUUCCCUUCCCUUCCCUUCCCUUCCCUUCCCUUCCCUUCCCUUCCUUUUCCUUUCCUUCCCUUUUGCCAGCUAUGUUACACUGCUUUCUGUUAUAGUUAAUAUUAUUUGUAUCAAUUAAUUGUGAAAUAAAAGGCUCUUGAUUACAAAGGGUAAGAAUUGACGAUACGAACCUGGUUGCACUUUCUCCACAGGACUUAUUCCCCCCACCCCCAGCUCUAGGAAACCCAUAAGUCAUAAACACAAACCACAGAACAUUGUGGCCCUCGGAGUACUCAUUGAGCUUAGCUUUCCAGUUUGCCCUUGUGGAAACUAGAGUGCAAUAGGAGGAGGAGGAAGUCUGUGCUAAGUCACAUAGCUCUACAUAUCAAGGCAAAGUGAAGUUGCUUCCCGCCAUCUUUCAGUGCUUGUCAGCUGCUGACUAUGCCUAUGAGAUAGAAUCCCUGAGCCUGCCUUGGCCAUAUCUAUAGCUUUUCUUUCUGCCUUUGGAGGCUCUGCAUCCCUAGCUGUGACUGCAUCCCUGCUUGCUUCCUGCAUGCGACUGUGUGGGGCAUGGUUAGUUUAUAGGCUCAGAGGACAUAAUUGAGUUGUCAGGGAAUAGCUCCGUUUUAUGGCUAUGACAAUGACAGUCUUUAAGGAAGUGCAUUAAAUCAAUAGAAGUCUCAUUGUACCACCCUAUAAAUAACGUGACGCAUCAUUAAGCAGGGCAAUAAGCUUCAGGACUUUGAAGUAACACAAUUAGGUUAUGUUUAUAUAUAUAUAAACCCUCUCUUGCUGUGGCCACCGAACUAAUUUGCUUCAUGCCCUAUUCAGGGCCUGGGAAACUACUGUGAUGCUAAAUGUCAUCCCAUCUCCAUCCUUGGUUGCUUUCAGGGCCUAGGCUUCCUUCUUGAAAAAAAAAUCCCAUUCCUUGUAAUAAAAAUGGAAUCUGCUACAAGAAAUAUGGGAGAAGAAGAAAAGCUAGAAGAACAGCUGAAGUCUUCUCAGCCACCCCUCUCCUACUUCAAGGACUGGGUGACUUUGAUGUUGGAGCUUCUGUCUCUGGGUUUUUAUUCUGCAUAUAUUUUUACUCCUUUCAUGGUCUAUAUUUGCUCCAGGAAGAAUAGAGAGAUGCUCUGAAGCCAAGAUAACCAUUUGCAGUCUCUCUCUUUUUCUCUCUCUCCUGCACAGUGUGCGUGCUUUCCUAUGGUCCAUUGGAAUUCUUGAUUUAUUUUCUGAUAAUGGGGAAUAACACAAAAGACUGGGAAGCCGGGCAAUGGUGGAUCACCCCUUUAAUCCCAGCACCUGGGAGGCAAAGACAGGUAGAUUUCUAAGUUCGAAGUCAGCCUGGUCUACAGAGUGAGUUCCAGGACAGCCAAGGCUAUACAGAGAAACCCUGUCUCAAAAAAACAAAACAACAACAACAACAACAAAGACUGGGGAGGUUAUAAAAUCAAGAAAAGAUGUUGGGAACACUUGGGUUCAGAGACAGUUGAUAGCAUUUCCCUUCUGAGCCGUCAGACAUGUAAAAUCAACAUCUGCUAAACACUAGGAUCCUGGUCAGUUAAAUCUUUGUGGUUGUUAGGUGGGAGCAGAGCUUGUGAGAGGAGGAGUGGGACACAUCUAGACUUCUUAUAUACCCAUCGUAGCUUUCAAGUUUUCAGAUGCCCCAUGCUAAGUGAGAGACAGUUAUUCCCUUUCACAACUUUUAGGUGAAUGAGAGGAACCACCACAGGAAAAUUUUCCAGUACUUAGUAGGCACAUGAAAAACAGUAGGUUGAAAUAAAAUGAACAUUAUAGAUAUCAGCUAAAGAAUCUAGACCAGGCCCCAGCCCUACUUAAUGUGUGACCUCUAUCUUUGUUUCUCCCUGUGAACUACACGUGCCAUUGAAAGAGGGUGGCAUUUGCAAAUGUCUUUUCCAUUCAGCAGAAAUGUGUAGCUUUUUCUCGACUAGAAUGAGCAUGCUGGGAAAAAGAUCAAAUAGGACCUGGCAGUCAACAGUGAACAUUUUCAUAGCACUCUACAGUAUCCUACCAUCUACCUCCCGGGAAGCAAAGAAGAAAAGAGUAGUACACCUCCCUUUGCAAAAAGAAGAGAAAGUAGGCUUUCUGUACCACAUACUCCUCAAUGAGAGCACUGGGGACUGAAUCCCAAACUGGACCUAAAGCUUGCUUCACUACAGUCAGCAUCUCUAGACACGAAAAAGAAACGUCAUAGCCCUUUCCAUGCCUAAAGUCCUUAUUUGCUAGUUCUACCCAUUUGAGGAGUGGCUACUGGGAAAAAGAGCUCAGCUUAGUCAAUAGUUUCUUCCACAGGAAGAAUAAGGGGCCUGAGAAUUUUCUUCUCUGUUAUAGGGGCAAAGUAAAAGCCAAGAUAAUAAAUAGCCCCUGGAUAUGCCAAAGAUGAAUGAAAAGAUUCAGGGAGGCAGAUAAAGGGACUUGAGCUUUCACCACUCUGGAGGAGCCUGGAGGAGCCCAGAGGACUAGGCAGGGCAGUAAAAUGUUACCUGAAUUGACACUAAUCCAGGAAAAUGGGGACUCUAAAUGCAAUUAUGUAUCUAAAACCAUCACUGGAAACUAAGAAUCCUAGGUGAGAUUAGCAUGUAAACUGCUCAGCCUAUCAGGUUCCUAUAAUCAUCACCUGUGUGCCCAUGCCUUUCUCCAAGCUCAGGUGACAUUCUGAGUGUCUUAUGCUAGUAUUAUGCUUGCAAAACAUAUUGCAGUAUCUCCCACCCCGAGCUGGGGCAUUAUUUCAUUGUCUGCCUUGCUAGGUGCAUCUUCUACUUAUCUGUGACCUUGGUACUGAGGCCUUAGUUAUGACUGUUUAUAAAGUCAUUCAGGAAUAAUGUCUUUCUUUUGGGAAUAAAGCAAAGUUUCAUAAUCAGCGGGGUCAUCCUUAAAAUCACAGGCAUAGGCCAAGGCCCAGCCUCAGCUUGGAGAGGGCUUCUGAGAGAAGGAGUGUCUGGAAGCAGCGAAAACAAACAUCUCGAAGUCAAAUCCCGGGUCCAAGCUGGUGACCUAUGUUCUGCUGGAGACGGCCUUCCAGCCUGCUUUCUCUGUUCUGCUUUCUUUCUCUGGAGAUCUUGAGACUGCUCUCUGGAGACAACUUUCUCUUGCUACAGUUCUCCAAGUAGUUCUCUCUUGCUAAUCUAAAAAGUCCUCUGGAUAGCUCCUCUCUUGCAGAUCAUAAGUCCAAACUUCAUUGUACAUAUCAAUCCAGUCAUUUACUCCAGGUUUCCUUUUGAUUAUCCUACAAAAGAGUAUCCUGCGACUCCAGCCCCCUUAAUUUUUAGGAGACAACAAGCACACAUUUUCUUUUAACACUGCAAAAGAAUUCAGAGAUCUGCUGUCUCUGCUAAAUGCUAAACUAGCUGGGUAGGAGCCAUCUGGAAAUUACAAAUUCUACCACACCUGGGCCUAACCUUGCUCUGUCCGGGGUUGACCUUGUACUCAGGAAUUUGUCUGCCUUUGUAAGCAUAAACAAACAAACAAACAAACAAAAAACAGUGUAGCUGGGUGGGAUCUCCUUCAAUCACCACUCCCUAAACAUCUUUAUCUCCUUUCUUAGUAUUUUUCUGGCAGGUUGGCUCAUCUCAAAGCUGUUUUGUUUCUGUAGAUUUGUGAAGCCCUUCAUUAAUUCAUGUUGCAUUCAUGUUUUUAGAGUUCUUUUUCACAGACUUAAGGGUUGUUCUGAAGGUCCCAGUGUUUACCAUUUUGUUAAAACAUUAUCUGGACCUUAGCCUCCUAGAUUCCUGUUAUCUCUGAUUAUCAAGGAGUCAUUAACUUGCCCUGUUCCAGCGACAGGAGCCAAGUUAUUCUGACCCUACCAAGGCCAUUCUAGACCCAGCAGGCAUAGUUUGGGUCAGCUGUAUGAUCAUAAGCAAAUGGGUCUACUCUGUGAGACAGUUUCCAUAUUUGCAAGCAGAGUGGUUGUAUAGUCUAUAUAAGAUAAUAAAUUGGUGGAUAGAUGUGUCUAGUACCGAGUUGGAACAACUAAUCAUUUUCCUCAUCCAACUGACUCCUCUACCCAUUUAGAUCACAGUGAUCCCACAUACAUAUUCAGAGGUAGAGGAAAUAUAAUUGAGAUUUUACUAACAUCACUUGUAAAUUGAUACAGGGUCAGGGAUGGUUCAAAUUGUUCUAGAGUGGGGAGUGGCCCAAUGAAUUCAGCUACAGUAUUAGAACCAGAGGCGUGGGCUGUAGAGGCAGACCUUAGAGGAACCGGCCAGGAUUGGUGACACUUUCUCCUAUGUCCUAGUCUGUGAUGGAUACAGAAGUUACGGGUCCUCACAGCUUAUUUUAUAGUUGCUUUUUACUUUUUGCAGAAAGUGACCUUAUAAGUAGAUGGCUAUGACUAUGUGAAAUGAUGAUUUAACCUCUGUGAGUAAACAGAGAGAACAAAAAGGAGGACAAGGAAGAAGAAUAGGAGAACGGACAGCGGGAAACCCAAAUCCAAAGAAGCAGACAGGAGGCAAAGCAGACAGGAGGCAAAGCAGACAGGAGGCAAAGCAGACAGGAAGCAAAGCAGACAGGAAACAAAGCAGACAGGAGGCAAAGCAGACAGGAGGCAAAGCAGACAGGAAGCAAAGCAGCUCAAAUCUUCCAAGCAAAGAGCCUCCCAAGCCUUUGUGCCCUGUGAACGAACAUUCUGUUCCACAUACCCUGUUCUUGAAUUUUUUUGAAGCUCUGGUAUAGGGAGACGCUCCCGCAGAGAAACACCCUUUUUCAAAGGUGUGUUAUCUCUGUUUUACAUUUCCAGGCUAAUUCUAGGGAAUGAAUUUCCAUCUGAAUUAUAACACUGGUGAAUGCCGACUGGAACACUCCUGGGCUACUUUUUGGCUGUUUGAGAGGCAGAUCAGGACAUUGGGCUGGAGGAGGAAAAUGCCAAGAUGUAGCCAACUGUCACUUCCUCUUGUGCUGACAGGUGUGGCCGAGGGCUGUUGUGAGCUAGAGAACUCUCCCGAGCUCUCUAUUUCCUGAGGGAACUUGCUUCAAAGACAGCAAGGAGACAUGAAAGGGCUUGUUCUUGGGAUCUGAGACUGCUAGGGUGCCAGUUGACUUCCCCAGUGAUUUCAUAACCUGGGGCCGAUUUUUUUUUCUGUCUUUCUUUUUCUUUCUUCUCAUCUUGCCUGACCUUUCAGUAGCAUUUGACAGUCUACUGCCUCCAGCUUGAUGCAAUUCUGUGCUUGCUUGUAUGAAACCAGAUCUUCCAGUGUUCUCCCCUCCCUCCCUGUCUGUUGCUCCUCAUCUCCCUUCACAGGCUUCUCCUUCUCUGCAAAAUCAGUAACAUAGCACGGGAGGCAUGUGUUUUUGGUCCUUUUCCUGGGCUAUCUCUGUGUCAAUCUAUUAGAUUCUCUGUUGUCCCUACACUCUGGCCUCACCAUAUACAUGAGUUAAAACUCUUGUUCCAAGCCUUCCUCCAAGGUUUACUAGCCUGCUUAUUCUCUUACAGCAUGAACUCAAACCCACAGAACCCAGUGCUUUGCUAGAACUCUAGUGAAAAGUGCCAGUACUCGUUUAGAGUCUGGGAAACCUCAGCACCUCCUUUUCUCUGACUCCUCUGCCCCAUUUCCAAACCAUCGCAAAUCUCAUCAACUUGCAUUUCCUGGAUGUUCUUGCCUCUCACCGUUUCCACCUUACUCUUGCCUUCUGAGCCUAAGCAGACCAUCACAGCUUGUUUCAGGUCCAGUGUUAGUCUCCUACCUGAAGCUACUCUUUAUCCCAUAUUAGUCUGUACCACACAACAGCCCUAAUGAUGUAUGUGACAUUCAGGUUCUUCAGAGAAACAGUACCAGGAUAAUGAAACACACACACACACACACACACACACACACACACACACACACACAUACACACA